ACUACACAGUCAUCGAUUCUUCUAGAAUUUUCUUAUGCAGACAUCUUCAAUUUCACUCCUCCGUCGCACGGCGAUUUUUCACGGCGGAGUUGGAAUCGGGAUCGGAAUCCGUCGCAGCUUUUUUCCUCUCUCAGCGAGACGAGAUAAUCCCGAUGUCUCAAGAAAACCCCAACCUAGUAAGAAUAUGCUCAGAGCGAAGCAUAUCGGUAAAAAUUACUCCUCCUCCUUGUCACCGGUUCUCUCGCCGGAGCAUAAACCUUCGCUCUUAGAGUCUCAAGCUAUCGGCACAGUCGCAACAGCUCAAGCGAACUUUAUGCGCGUCAUUGUUCAAGAUGUAGCUAGUUCUGUGAAGAGUGGUGAUGAUGAUUCUUCAAAGACUGGUGUUGAGUUGCUUUGUGUAGUGAGAGCUGUGUUGAAGAAGAUACGAAGGAGAGUUUUGGUUGGAGAUAAGGUUCUUGUUGGAUCUAUUGAUUGGGUUGAUCGGAGAGGAAUGAUUGAGAAUGUGUUUCAUCGCCGCUCGGAGAUUUUGGAUCCACCGGUUGCGAAUGUUGAUCAUUUACUGGUUCUUUUCUCUUUGGAUCAACCGAAACUGGAGCUGUUCACUCUCACUAGGUUCUUGGUGGAAGCUGAAUCUACUCGAAUUCCACUCACACUUGCUUUGAAUAAAACUGAACUCAUUAGUGAAGAGGAAUUGGAAUCUUGGAAGAUAAGAUUGCGUGGAUGGAACUAUGAACCAUUGUUUUGUAGUGUGGGAACUAAAGACGGACUUGAUGCGAUUGCGUUUGUUCUGCGGAAUCAGACUUCUGUGAUUGUUGGACCUAGUGGUGUAGGAAAGUCGAGCUUAAUCAACAUAUUGAGGAGUAACCAUGGUAGUGGUGCGGUGGAAGAUGAGAAUUGGUUUGAGCCUAUGUUAGGUAAUAAGUGGUUUGAUGAUCAGCGAGUAGGAGAAGUGUCUACUAGAAGUGGUAGAGGUAAACAUACAACACGAAAUGUAUCGCUACUGCCGAUUUCUGAAGGUGGUUACCUCGCUGAUACACCUGGCUUUAACCAGCCUAGUUUGCUGAAAGUAACAAAGCAAUCACUUGCACACUGCUUUCCUGAGAUAAGGAACAUGAUUGAGGGCGAAAAAUGUGGAUUCAGAGAUUGCUUGCAUAUUGGGGAACCAGGAUGUGUUGUGAAAGGUGAUUGGGAAAGGUAUCCUUAUUACUUACAACUGCUUGAUGAGAUCAGAAUCAGGGAAGAGUUUCAGCUUAGGACUUUUGGAACCAAAAGGGAAGAUGAUGUUAGGUACAAGGUGGGAGACAUGGGUGUGAAACAUGCUGAACCACGGUUAAUGCCUAAGAAGCAUAGGAGAGAGUCAAGGAAGAAAACUAAACAGACAAUGAUCAGUGAGCUGGAUGAGUUCGAAGAUGAAGACAGUGACUUGGACAUAGAGAACGACCCAAUCAUCCGAGCCAUUGAGAAUGAGAAUAAAUGACAAUGAGAGAAAUCAUGUUUCCACAAAGACCAAGUCGAAAACUGUUUGUACAGGUCUUUUCGUCUCUGUUAUUUUAUUUGUGUCAGUUGACUAACAAACACUGAAGAUAUUAAAAUUGCAGAAUUAUUAAGAUA